UAUCCAAAAUCCUCCCCCCCUUCAUAAUCAAUUCAUCAUCCUCUUUCCUUCACUUUCCUCUCACAAACCCCAAACACCAUGAACACUCGCAUAAUUCCCCCAAAUUGUCUCUCCUCACCCUCCCCAAUUUUCAAAUUCCACAAACCUAAACCCAAUCUCUCUCCUAAACUUCCAUCUUCCUCCACCAAUUUCCAUUUCUUCCGUUCUCUUCUCCUUCACCAAAACACCAUUCUCAACUUUUUGCAGGUGAAUCGGGCAAUACAUUUGAAUAACUCGUUUAACGCGAUGGAAGAUGAACACAGUGGUGAUGAUUUGGUGAUUGAGGCGUCUCUUACUCGAAUUCUUCCGCCUGCUUUGACAUUGGAGCAUGGACUUGUUGCUUUGAAAGAUGCGCUUCAUGAGUUUAAGCUUAAUCCUCCUUCUUCUACUAGUGGAUUCAUCAGAUUUCAGGUAGCUGUGCCCCCUAGUGUGAAUGCUUUGGACUGCUUCUGUUGCCAGCCUGACUCAUCAGAAGUGUUUCCUCAGUUUUACAUGUCCAAGCAUUUCGAGAAUCUAACUCAUGAGUCGGCUUUCUUUAGCAAGACUCAUGGUGUUUUUGGAAUAGGAGCUGCAAUUUCCUUUAUACAAUCACCUUCUAGCUCUGAUGAGUGGAACUCAUUUAGAAGAUAUCUGUUGGUUGAUUCACUCAAUAUAACAGCCUAUGGCUUCAUUGAUAUUAAUUAUGACAUGAAAUCUUCUUUAAUGAAGCACGACCCUGGUUCACUCUACUUUAUAAUCCCUCAGAUAGAACUCAAUGAAUGUGAAGGCUUCUGCUUACUAGCAGGAACACUUGUUUGGAGUGACCCUUUCUUGUGUAAUUUCGAGCAAACUCUUCAUUCUUAUGAGACAUCUCUCUUCCAGGUGAUUAAUCAUCUUCCAGCUAUGCAAGAGACUUGCUGUGCAAACUUUAUGCACUCUACUGUUCAAAAGUUCGGUAUAGUCGAGGAUGAAAACUUGGAAAUGGUUUACACGAAUGCCCAGGCGUUGGGAGGUUACAAUAGUGCAGCUAGUAUUGUGGAAAUGGUAUCCCCUUCUUCCUGUGGUCCAUCUUCAUGUCAGUUCAGCAUUAGGCUUUCCGAAAAGACUGCCGUUUCCAAAAAUAUGUUGGAUGAUAGUAUUGUAACCAGUUCUAUUCUGCAAGACUGUGCCAACAUCAAUUCUGUUUGGGCAUCGCUUAUUGUUGAGGAAUGUUCUCGACUAGGCUUAACGUACUUCUGUAUAGCUCCAGGAUCAAGAUCAUCUCCUCUUGCAGUCGCAGCAUCUACUCAUCCUCAUAUAACUUGUAUCGCAUGCUAUGACGAACGUUCACUUGCAUUCCAUGCCAUUGGGUAUGCUCGAGGAUCUCAGAUACCUGCUGUAGUUAUUACGACGUCUGGAACUGCAGUUUCAAAUCUUUUCCCAGCUGUUGUGGAGGCUAGUCAAGAUUUUGUACCUCUGGUAUUACUUACUGCUGAUCGGCCUUCAGAAUUGCAUGCAGCUGGAGCAAAUCAAGCUAUAGAUCAGGUCAACCAUUUUGGUUCAUAUGUAAGAUUCUUCUUCAAUCUUCCGGCACCAACAGAUCAUAUCCCUGCAAGAAUGGUUCUCACAACUGUUGAUUCGGCUGUCCAUUGGGCUACUUGUUCACCAUGUGGUCCUGUUCAUGUCAAUUGUCCUUUCAGGGAACCAUUGGAAAAUAGUCCCCAAAUUUGGAUGAGAAGCUGUUUAGACAAACUAAAUAUCUGGAUCUCAAGCUCUCAACCUUUUACAAAAUAUAUCAAAGUGCAACCUUCUAAUGCAUAUAAUCCCACCUAUGGUUUAACUGCUGAGGUCGAAAAGGUGAUCAAGAAUAGUAAGCGUGGGCUUUUAGUAAUUGGUGCUAUACACAAAGAAGAUGAAAUGUGGGCGGCUCUUGUAUUAGCUCGACAUCUUUCAUGGCCUGUUGUUGCGGAUAUCUUGUCAGGCUUACGAUUACGAAAGCUGUUGACUUCUUAUCGUGAAUAUGAGGAGAACUUUGUUUUUCUUGACCACUUUGAUCACGUGCUGCUCUGUGAUACCGCCUGGCAAUGGGUGGAACUGGAUGCAAUUGUACAGGUUGGGAGUAAAAUAACAAGUAAAAGAAUUUCUCGGUUUUUAGAACAUUGCUUUCCUUGCUCGUAUAUAAUGGUUGACAGACAUCCUUGUCGACAUGAUCCCUCACAUAUAGUGACACACAGGAUCCAGAGCACAAUCUCUCAAUUCGCUGGGUGUCUGCUGAAAGUUAUCUUUCCAUCUAGAAACAGCGAAUGGUGUAGGUUCCUGCAAGUGGUGAAUUCAGUGGUGGCAUGGGAGUUGUCAUUCCAAAUCUGCUCUGAGUACUCACUGACUGAACCUCAUGUUGCACAUACACUUUCAGAAGUAGUUACUUCUGAUACGGCUUUGUUUAUUGGAAAUAGUAUGGCUAUUCGUGAUGCAGACAUGUAUUCUCAAGGUGUUUUAAAUUGCAUUGGUAAAUCUUCUCAGUUGGCAUUACCCUGUCGCUCGAUUCACAUUGUGGGCAAUAGGGGAGCUAGUGGUAUUGAUGGUUUGCUGAGUACAGCUGUUGGUUUUUCUGUUGGAUGCAAGAAAAGAGUACUAUGUAUAAUGGGAGAUGUUUCUUUUCUACAUGACACAAAUGGGUUGUCAAUCUUGAGCUUUAGGAUGAGGCGGGAACCUAUUACAAUACUUGUCAUAAACAAUCAUGGUGGUGGGAUCUUCAGUUUCCUACCAAUUGCAGAAAAAACUGAAGCUGAAAUUUUGGAGAAGUAUUUCUACUGCAAUCAUAGCAUUUCGGUUAACAAGCUGUGUGCUGCACAUGGUGUGAAGCAUUUGUUGGCAGAGACAAAAUUGGAACUUCAUGAAGCUUUAAAAACAUCCAAAAAGUCUGACACAGAUUGUGUCAUAGAAGUUUCAGGCUCUAUCAACAGUAAUGCGGUGUUUCAUAGUGUCUUGAGAAAUUGUGCUGCUCAAGCGGCAUCUCAUGCUUUCACUACACUUAUGCAACUUUCUCCUCCAGAAGCUGCUCAACGUGAUUUUUUCUACAAGAUUUCCAAAGUGGAGUACUCCUUUUAUGGAGUCAACCUAGCUGCUCCACCGACUUCAGUCUCCCGCGACGUUAGUCCGUCAAAUUUUGUUAGAGAAGGCUUUGUUUUAGCAUUGACUCUUGAUGAUGGAAGUACUGGGUUUGGUGAGAUUGCCCCCCUCGAAAUUCAUGAAGAAAAUUUGCAGGAUGUGGAAGAACAAUUGCGUUUCCUUGUUCAUGCUCUAAAAGGAGCUACUAUUAGCUAUCACCUUCCCUUGUUGAGGGAGUCGUUUUCUGUGUGGAUGUGGAGAGUUAUUGGAGUCCUGCCAGGUUCUAUAUUCCCAAGUGUUCGAUGUGGCUUAGAGAUGGCUACUUUAAAUGCAAUAGCUGCAAGACAAGAUAGCACUCUGUUUGGUAUACUCUGGCCUCAACCACAUCAAGGCAAAGUCGUAGACCAGCCGGCAGCAAACAUUGAUAUCUGUGCCCUUGUUGAUUCUGAAGGGAGUCCAUCAGAAGUUGCGGAUAAUGUGUUGGGACUUGUUGAAGAAGGAUUCCGUGCUGUAAAAGUGAAAGUGGCUCGCAGAGCUGAUCCAGGGGAGGAUGCUGCAGUUAUAAAGGAAAUAAGACGGAAGGUUGGUGCAGAAGUUGAACUUCGCGUGGAUGCUAACCGCAAAUGGACCUAUGAAGAAGCAAUCAAAUUUGGCUCUCUUGUGAAGGAUUGUGGCUUGCAAUAUAUUGAGGAACCAGUUCAAUGUGAAGACGAUAUUGUGAGGUUCUGCCAAGAGACUGGCCUGCCAAUUGCACUGGAUGAAACUAUUGACAAAAUUCAGGGAAAUGUUCCUGAUUCUUUGGCCAGAUUUACACAUCCAGGAAUAGUGGCUCUUGUGUUAAAGCCAAGUGUUCUUGGCGGCUUCGAAAAUGCAGCAGAAAUUGCAUGGUGGGCAAACAAUAAGGGAAAAUUGGCUGUUGUCAGUUCAACCUUCGAAACUAGUCUUGGAUUGUCUUCCUAUGUUCAGUUUGCAUGUUAUCUUGAGACGAGAAGUGCAGAACUAUCUCGGGCAUUAGAUAAGAAACCAGAGAAAUGUGUUGCUCAUGGUCUUGGAACGUACAAAUGGCUUGCAGAAGAUAUAACACUUGAUACACUUGUCAUAUGUCGACAGCCUAAAGGUAGGUAUUUGGGAGCAUCUGUUGAUAAUGCUGAUCGUGUACUCCACAAUUUCCGAAUGAAUUGCAAUGCUAUCUCACAAAGGUCUAUCGAAGAGAAUGUAUCUAUAUAUCAGCUUGUUGUGGAAGUAGCGGAUAUUUCUUAUGUGAUCAAGGUCCAAGAGAUGGGCGAAAGCAAAGAUAAUAAUGCACUUCUGUUUCUUCAUGGUUUCCUGGGCACUAGUGAAGAUUGGAUCCCAAUCAUGAAAGGGCUCUCAGGAUAUGCAAAAUGCUUCUCCGUUGACCUUCCUGGUCAUGGAAAAUCAAAAAUGCAAUCAAGUGAUAGUUACAGAACAACCGGAGGGCAAAGUUUAUCAAUUGAAGUAGUUGCUGCAGUAUUGAGCCAGUUGAUAAAUAAAAUUUGCACGAGAAAAGUCACUAUUAUUGGUUACUCUAUGGGAGCCAGGAUAGCAUUGUACAUGGCAUUGAGAUUCAGUGGCAAGAUUGAUGGAGCUGUAGUGAUUUCUGGAAGUCCUGGUUUAAAAAAUGAGACAGAGAGAAGGAUCCGUGCAGCAAAAGAUGAUUCUCGUGCGCGUUCCCUCAUCUCCUUUGGUUUGGUGCCUUUUCUGGACAAUUGGUACCAUAGUGAUUUGUGGAUGAGUUUCAGGGAACACCCAAAGUUCAAGAAGAUCGCAGCAAGUCGCUUAGAGCAUGAUGAUAUCCAUGGUCUCGCAAAAUCUUUGUCUGAUCUGAGUGUAGGAAGGCAACCGCCGUUAUGGGAAGACUUGAAAUAUUGCAAAAUACCACUUAUGUUUGUUGUUGGAGAAAAAGAUGCGAAAUUCAAGAAUAUUAGUCAGGAUAUCUGCCGUGAAAUGGGUCAAGCUACAAAUCAUGAAACGGUUGAAGUUCCUAACAGUGGACAUGCAGUUCACCUGGAAAAUCCUCUUGCUAUUAUUAGACUAGUGAGACAAUUUUUGACAAAACAAAGCUUUUGAGGAACAUUGAAGUUUGCUGGAUCAAGUGAGAGGCUUCUAAUAAUUGUCCACAUUCUACUACAAUCAUGUGGAAGGUGCCCCAUAGAGAUUUCUCAAAUGAUAUAAGAUAACAUCAGUUCUAUUGUCUUUUUUAAAGAAAUGCUUCUGUGACUUUAUGUGCUUCUUACUUUUUUGGGUAAGGCUAUUCGGUACUUGUGACCAGAAAUUCUUCUUUCUAGAAUCGUUAUACUAGAGUCGAUUCGACAGCUUUUGUUAGGAUUCUAUAUAUGAUAUGUAUUAGGAUUAGGGUUGUUACUCCUAGUAGGACUCUCUAAAUAAGUUGUAUAAAUAUAUUCCUAUGAUGAAUGAGAAAUGAAAUUGGUCAUAAUUUAGCAUGGUAUCAAGAGCCUAACAAAAUUUUGUCUCCCACAAAAGAAAAAAAAACAAAAAAAAAAAAAGAAAACAAAACAAAACCAAAUAUCACCAAAUGAACCAUUGCAGACCAACACAGAAACCACCAAAGAUAAUCGAAACACCCUUGAACCCAGCCCAAACACCACCUCCCAAACUUACCCCCGCACACCGGAAUCACCAUAGCAGGCCGAAACCGACCCCCUAUGACGCU